CGGUAAAACCGGUGGCACCAAUGGAAAAUAGAAAAGUCGGCGUACAACAAGCUGGAAGGUAUAAUUGUAGUCUGUAGAUCUGUUAUAACGGCGCCGUUAAUACCCCCGUUACAAAAGUUAGAGAGAGAAUGUAUGUGUGUGUGUGAGUGCGUGAAACGCUAGGACCACAUACACUCUUGAUAAGAAGCUUUCAAACGGAAUCCCUGCCAUUAGCAUCGUCGUCGUCAUCAUCGUCUCCACUCUCUCUCUCUCUCUGAAACUAACAAAACAGAAAAAUCACAGAAGAAGAUAUUAUUCUUCAUUGAAGAACUAAUCAAUUGAGGUACGUACAACAUGAUUUGACAUCGGGAUAUAUAAUACAGCGAUAUGGAUGUGUAUAUGUGAAUGGGGAAGUAUACAAGGAAGUGUAGUGAUCAAGGUUGUGAGAUUUCGGUAAUGGAGGUUGCACCGGCGGGAGUAAGGACUAGAGGAAGAGCUAUGGCGACGGCGGCGGAGGAAGCGGCGGAUAAUUCUGGAUCAGCGAAGAGGAUGAAGGUCGUCGGAAAUGGAGAAUUGAGAUUGUCUUCUUCGCGAAUUACAGAUAGUGAUGGUGGAGAUGUGAUUACUACAUUGAAGAAUUACGGUGAUUCCGCCGUGGAGGAAUUGAGAGAUUUUUCCGGUGAUGUUCCGGCGUCUUGUUGUUCGAGUAACGGAUCAGUUACGGAGAUAUUGAAAAGUGCAGAUCUGGAGGAAAGAACUGAAGUUGAAACAACUAUGACAUACGAAAUGAACAGAAGAGAAAGCACACAAACAAGCGACCUCAAGGCGGAAUCCGGCGAACUACACUCAACAAAUACAUCAAAGCCGUCGGUGCAGAUCGAUUCUCACCGGAAAACGCCACCAGCAGCCGAACUUGAAGAAUUCUUCGCUAAAGCAGAAGAAAACCUCCAUAAACGUUUCAAAGACAAGUAUAAUUACGACAUUGUAAAGGACGUUCCAUUAAAAGGUCGUUUCGAAUGGGUUGAACUAAAGCCAUGAAGACGAAGAAGAAGAAGAUGAUUACUGAUGUAAAAAAAAAACAAAAAAAAACAAAAUUGUUUCUAAAAUUUAGAAACAGAAGUGAAAAGUACAGUAGUACCAGAGUACGUAGUGCAUUUUAAUUGAAUCGAGAUCUUUAAAAUUUCCAGUUGCAGUUGCAUUUGCAUUAUAAUUAAUCGAUCAUGGGGUUCAUGAGUACAUGAGGUGGUAGUGUUUGUUCGUGGGGGAUGUAAGCUUUUGUUCUUCUUUUUUUUUGCUCUGAAUAGACAGAGUUUGAGGAAGGAAGAAGGAACAGUUGGUAAAAUAGUGAUUUGGAGUGUACUUCAACCUUCCCCCAAUACAUCUCUCGUUUCUUUCUGUUCAUCUCUGCAAUUCUUUCAGAUCAUAAAACGUACAACUGAUGCGAUAGCUUCUCUCAUAGGUAAUUUUUUUUUUAUUUUUUUUUCCUUUCUCGAUUUUGCCACUAGUUUUCUUUUAAUUAUAUUUCAAAAAAAAAAAUCAAUUCUAAAAAUCACCAUCUAGCAAUUUUUCUC